GUCAGCUUCCCAAAGACCUUGUGUGAUACAAGAUCCCGUGUUGUAGUUAAUGAUAUGCAGAGAAUGAGGAAUUCUUCAGUGAUGCCCACAUGCGAGCAAUAGAGAUUCACGGGGUUCCCAGCUUGGAACAUUAGCUCAUAGGAGAAUGGUGCUGGUAUAAAAACAGCUGGUAAUGUGCUGGUCUCAGUAAAGUGUCCACAGCUUUGGGAAUUCAGGAUCACAGCAAUAAGUGCUUACAGUAUGGGUCUUCUACAAGUUCAAGAGCUGGUGACAGGGAAAAAAGCUGAUGAUAAAGGGAAUGCAGAUUUCCUUCCAGAAGACUUCAGUACUGGAGACUAUGAAAAUGCUGUAACCUUAGAAAAACAAGAUGGGCAGAGAACCUUCAUUGAACCAUUGCCACGGAAUGAAUCAGGCAGCGCUGCAAAUGAGACACUACAAGAGCACAGAACGACAACGUCUAAUACAGAAACACAACAAAAGCUUGAAACACUAGAAGAUCUUGAAGCGAUCAUAAACUUGAGGAGAAGGAAAAAGGAAAGGAAACUCAAAGUCUGCUCUUCAAAGAAACCUGAAGCUGAAGUCAUAACAGAACCUGUGGACCACUCUACAUUUCUAAAUGCUGCACUCGAAAAUUCAUUACCUGUUGUGGAGAAGUACCUGGUAGAUGGAGGCGAUACAAAUAUUUAUGAUCAGUUCAACAGAACAGCACUGCACAGAGCCUGCUCUGAGGGUCAUGUGAAUAUUGUACAAAAAUUACUAGAAAAUGGUGCUGAAAUUGACUUCAGGGAUAAGCUUGAAGCAACAGCAGUCCAUUGGGCAUGUCGUGGGGGAAGUCUGGAGACACUGAAACUCCUCCUAAACAAAGGUGCAAAUGUAAAUGACAGAGACAAGCUGUUAAGCACCCCUCUUCAUGUUGCAGUCAGGACUGGACAUUACGACUGUGCCGAGCACCUCAUUGCCUGUGAAGUUGAUCUGAAUGCUAAGGACAGAGAGGGGGAUACAGCUAUGCAUGAUGCUGUAAGGUGCAAUCGAUACAAAAUCGUGAGACUUUUGUUAAUGUAUGGAGCAAAUGUGACUGCAAAGAACUGUGAAGGAAAAACUCCCAUGGAUCUUGUUCUUCAGUGGCACAACGGCACCAGAGAAAUUUUAAACAGCUUUACAGAAAAUCAACACCAACAUUCUCACCAUGGCAAAAAGAAGAAAAAAUUGAAAACAAGCAGUCACCAAAUAAACUUCCAAAAUCUCCACUGCAAUAUUAAUAAUUGAACAUCACAUCAUAAUGGAUUACCACAAUGAAUUCCAAGUCCUAGACAUGCAAUGUAUUAAAAUGAAAGUACAUAUCAGGAGAAUGGUGACUAGCAACUGCCUAACUGGAUGCGUCUAACUUUCACUGGAUGGUAACCCUGCACAUUUAAGGAAACAUAGCAAAACUUUUAUAUUCAAUUUCUUAUUAUUGUGAAAAUAUUUUAUAGGAAUGUGUUUCAGUAUUGUGACUUCCUGGUUGUUCAGCAGAGUAUAGGACUAAAAACUUUCUGUUCUCUAAUAUUGAGAAUGCUUACAGACAUUGGCACAUAUAUCUGAAAUACUUGUAUACCAGUAAAUACUUUUACAAAUCAAUCAUAAAUAGUUCUGAACAUUUAUACUUUAUGUGCAGUAGAUGAAACUUUUAUUUGCACAGAAUUUUUGAUUUCCUAACUACCACGUGUAAGUUAUAAUUUACAUAAUGUAUUUAUAUUAUAAAAACUAGAAACUAAUUGCAGAAACCAAAAGAAGUUUGGUGCUAUACAAGACAUGGUUAAAGCUAAGAGUUUAAUCUCAAGUAGUCCUGGGUUUGGUCUGCUGAGACUGUUGGAUCUGUUUUUGCAUACCAUGCAGCUGAAAAUUAAUUUGAGAAGCCAGUAUUCGUACGUCAAUAUGUCACUUCUCAAAAAUGAUGCUUGUGACCAAUGGGUCUUACAUGGUUAAUAAAUAAAUAAUAAAAAUAAAUUAAUAAAGGUUUAUCAAGCCAGUAAAACAGUCUCUCUACUUAAAGCUAUGAUUACAUAUACAUACAAUAUUUUUCUUACUAUAUAAUUUAAUACGUUGACAUGUUUAAAUGAAAAUAGCAUACCCACAUCUUUCGAGUUUACUGUACAGCUCUACUGAGGUUUAUAAAGGGGCACGCACCUGCGUGGCAUGAUGUUGCUUGUGUGGUACUGCUUGCAGCAGACGGAGAAAUCCAUCCACAGCCUCCUCUUAACUGCAGUUUAUUUUUUUUUUUUUUUUGUGGUUGAGGUGUUACAUCAACAGUGAACAUCAUCUAGAGGUAAUGUUCACAUCACCAGGCAGCUACCCCUGACAUGGCUAAGGUUAGUUUAGAGUGUCCUGUCUAGCUACUGCAUGUCUUUGGAAUGUGGGAGGAAACUGGAGCACCCAAGAAAAACCCACGCAAAUUCAGGGAGGACAUGCAAACUUUAUUCUCAAGUCAAAAUUUCUAUGAUUUUAUUUUUUAAUAUAAAACAAAAAAUACUGGGUAUCAACAAGAAAUGUCACAAUUUAAAAAAAUCAUUCAGCAGUUUAUUAAACUUGUGAUACUGAUGUUUUUUACUUUUUUUUAAAUAUAAAAUAUAUUUCCUUGUGCUACCCACCUGGUGACGUGAACACUGGCUCUGUUUGAUGGUCACAACUGAUGUACUACUCUGACCCCAUGUGCAAAAAAUAGGAAAAAAAGGUUACAGAUAGAUGUUUCUUUGCAAAAUGUAUCUGCGAGACUGUGAUGAUCUUAUUGGUUGCCUGCUUUCAAUUCCAUUAUUUAUUGGUUUAUCACACAGAAUAAAAAAUGGCUGCUGUUCUGCCGCUAUAUAACUAUUAUUAUUAUAACUCGGCGGAUUCUCCAUUUUAAAAAGCAGUUUUGCUUCUUUUCUUUGCACUGCUAAGUUUAUGGAAGUAUACCAUCUGGUUGAUUCUGCUAAAUUUGGAACACUAGUGCUGUUUUAUUUGUCUUCUGUUUGAUUUACAUUCAUCAGUGCUACAAUAAACAAAAGGUUAAUUAUCUUAAGAAUGAUAAAUGCAUUCAAAGGGGGGCUACUAGGGUAAAACAGCAUGUUUACCAUGAGUUUCAUGGUCUGUACCACAUAAAGCAGCUGUUCAUACCACAAUUGGAGAGCAACUUUUAAAUAUAAGUUUAGAAGAAAAACUGCUAAGUUCUGAAAGUGCAUUUCACUUUGCAAGAUUUUACAUCUCCCAAAGUAAGAAAAUGAUAUACACUUGGCAUGCAUCUGGCAAAGCUUUUUAUGGGCAACAUCAAACUGCACCAAAAUGAGCAUACAGAUUGCUGUUUAACUGACAAUUAUUUCAGCUCAGAAACUGUACUGAUUGGUAAACUGGUCUUGAAUUACUUUUUCCAGCCAAUGAUACUGCACUUACUGGAUCCCGUCAACAAGGCAUCAAGAACUGCAUUAAAAAUAAAUAUUUGACUUCAUUUUAAAAAAUUUGUCUGGUAUCAAAGACAUCAAAUCUGAACAGACCGUAUGCAGAGUUUCAAGAUUUUUUAUACUAGGCUACCAACAGCUAUGACAAACUAAUAACUAACAACAGAGAACGAAGAAACUCUGACUGAAAGUUUAAUAUCAGUGGAUUUUCGCUGUAUGUGACAAAGGUUAGAGAAUGUAUAACAAAGAGAUGUAAGUUAAGCAGAACUUAAAAGUCGAAAUAAUAUUUUGUAAAUUCGUAUAUUGAGAAUUAUAUGUAUAUCAUGAAUGUAUA